AUGGACAGGGUGACGUACAGAGGAGCAGUCAAAAAGAAGCACUUGUGGGCCGCGGUCACUGUAUGUUGGCUCUCUGCUUUUAUACUAGGUCUCAUCCCCAUGUUCGGAUGGCACAACAAAAACACCACAACAGCUGAAAACUCCACUAUUACGUGUCGUUUCAUCAUGGUUAUAGACAUGUCCUACAUGGUCAACUUCAACUUCCUCGCUUGCAUCCUUACACCCACCAUCAUCAUGAUGAUCCUGUACUUGUUACUCUUCAAUAUGAUAUCCAAACAACUGAGAAAAGGAGUCGGGCGCCCCGUGGAGUCCAGGUCGUUUUACCGUAAGGAGCGGAAACUGGCCAAUUCUCUGGCUUUGGUUCUGGUUCUGUUUGUCGUUUGUUGGCUCCCGCUGCACAUAAUGAACGCGCUGGACUACUACACAAGUGCAGAAGUGCCCGUUGUCGCCUUUUACAUCGGCAUCCUCCUCUCUCACGCCAACUCCGCCGUUAACCCCAUAGUGUAUGCAUUCAAGGUCCCUAAGAUCAAGAUGGCAUAUAAAAGCAUCCUGAUGAAGCUGACAAGCUCGGAGCAGAUGGGAGAUCAGAGCAGCCAGACUUUGGAUAACAACGUCAGCAGCAACUCGAACAGCACCGCCAGGUGCAGCAUGAAAAUAAAACCACAGGUCGUUCUGAUCGCAAAUCAGGACGGUUAGCAUUAGUCUGCCAUCACGUACAAUAAGUACAAUAAGUAAGCCAGGCUAGAAGUCAAAAGUUUAAAAAAAUUAUCCAGCAGUGAAUUUGCAUAUGCCUAGCUUCUAAAUUAGAAUUUUUUUUUUUUUAACAGUUUUAACAUCCAAAAUACACUGUAAUUCUAGUGCUGUUAUAUUUGUACUAAACAAAAAAAUGUAAAACUGCACUGAGAUACCUAAAAACAAAGACCAACUGUAGAAUGAAGAGGCUGAACUGUUUUUCAUAAAUUUAUUUAUGACAUGGUAUAUAUGUAUACAAAU